GUCAAAUUUUAAUUUUGCCUCUUUUAUAAAUAAUCCCUCUCUUCAAAAUAGUAGCUACUGCGCUGUUUGCCUCUAGAUUCUAGGGUUUUCUCUUCUUCGUAACUUUGUAGAAAGGGAGCGGUUCUGUUAUAUCUGUUCCUCUUUCUUUCCACCGCUCCUCUCUAACUUUCCCUCUAAUUUCCCGUAAUUCUCCUGUUCACGUCACUCAAUUUUCAUUCGCCACCCCAUAGGACCUUCCUUGAAAGGUCACAAACUGACGCAGGAAUUCUCUUCUUGAUUAUCCAAUGAAACGCUCUAAUUCCACCGAGGCCAAUUCUACUCCUUUGGUAAACCUCGAAAACCCUGGAUCUUCGGAAUCCACUCUGACGGAAGUUAAUUCCUCGGGGGCGGCCGCAGAUGUGGUGGCGGCGAAUGACGAGGACAGCAAUAAAAGGGACAAUAAUGUGGAUGACGAAUUGGUUCUCGACAUUACAGGUAAAAGCUUGGAAUUUGAUUUAUUAGAGAAAGCUGACGAUUCCCUGGAGGAAUUAUAUUUGUACAAGAAUGCGUUUAGUUUGGUUCCGAGAUCUGUGGGAAGGCUGGGAAGAUUGAGAACGUUGAAGUUCUUUGGAAAUGAGUUGAAUUUGUUUCCGCUUGAAUUCGGGAAUUUAGUGGGUUUGGAGCGCUUGCAAGUGAAAGUAUCAUCUUUGGGGCUGAAUAGCUUGGGUUUGAAUAAAUUGAAAGGAUUGACGGAGCUUGAGCUGUCGAAAGUUCCGCCAAAGCCUUCGGUUUUCACGAUUCUAAGUGAGAUUGCUGGGUUGAAGUGCUUGAACAAACUUUCUGUCUGCCAUUUCUCCAUAAGAUAUCUUCCUCCAGAAAUUGGCUGCUUAGAAAAUUUGGAGUACUUGGACCUUUCAUUCAACAAGAUAAAAAUUUUGCCUGCUGAAAUCACUCAUUUAACGGCCUUGAUAACACUAAAAGUUGCUAAUAAUAAAUUGGUAGAACUUCCCUCAGAGUUGUCCAUGUUGCAAAGAUUAGAGAACCUGGACCUGUCAAACAAUAGGUUGACUUCAUUGGGUUCUCUUCAACUUGGGUUAAUGCAUAACCUCCAGUAUUUAAAUCUUCAGUACAACAAGCUUAUCAGUUGUUCUCAAAUACCUUCAUGGAUAUGUUGCAAUUUGGAAGGAAAUGGCAAGGACUUGUCAAAUGAUGAUUUCAUCAGUUCUUUGGUUGAAAUGGAUGUAUAUGAAAAUUCCAUUCAAUCUGAAGACAGAAGUUUGUCUUGUAAUGGCUCUCAUAAUGCUACAUCAAGCCUAGUAAGUGGAUCUUCAUCAAAUAACAGAUGCUAUGCAGCACGGAGGUCAAGUAAGCGAUGGAAGCGGCAGCGUUAUUUGCAACGAAAAGCUCGCCAAGAACAUUUAAACAACAGUAGGAAGUGGAAGGGAGAAGGGCGUGCUGAAUUAUUGAAUUCUAAGGAGAGUGGAAAUUGCAAGCUGGACGCCCUCAAUGUGACGACCUCUGAAACUUUUCAAGAAGGUACUUCUGCCAUCAUAGGUCUGGAUGAUGAUAAUGAAGAUAAAGUAGUAGGUUCAGGUGAAACUGAAUCUGCAGAUUUGCUGGUUAAUGGUGAGGGUAAAAGAACCAGUUCUAAAAAAGAGCCUCACUUAGAGAAUUGCUCAUGUGACCUUGAAUCUAUAAGUAAAGAUGGGGAACAUGAAUGUUCUUCGCAAGAUGAAGGUUCAUCUUCUGAAAAAACCAAAGCCAUUUUUAAGUCAAAGAGGCAUUCUGAUAGAGAUCUUGAUAAUCCAAAACCAUGCAAAUAUCGAAGACCAACAGAAGAUAGCUACAUUUUAUCCCGCAAAUAUAGUGAUCUUUCAUUUUGUAGCAUUGAGGACCACAUUCCAGAUGGCUUUUAUGAUGCAGGACGUGACCGUCCUUUCAUGCCACUAAGAAGAUAUGAACAAAUUCUGCAUCUGGACUCACGUGAAGUCAUUCUUUUGGACAGGGAGAAGGAUGAAAAGUUAGAUGCUACAGUUUUGUCUGCCCAGGCUUUGGUCUCCCGCUUGAAGAGAUUAACUGGUUUUGUCAAGGAGAGGAAUAAGGUUGCUGUUGAUAACUUGCAGAUUGUGUCACUGCUUGCUCUUUUUGUAUCUGAUCAUUUUGGAGGCAGUGACAGAAGUUCUACUGUUGAAAGGACACGAAAAGCUGUAUCUGGUUCAAACUAUAUGAGGCCAUUUGUUUGCACAUGUUCAACAGGAAAUGAUGACAAUAUUAAUACAUCCACAAAACAUAUUCUGGGCAAUGCAGACGAGAUCAUUUUCUCUGAUCUCUGUGAAAAAUCUUUACGUUCUGUGAAAGCGAGAAGAAAUUCCAUUGUAGUUCCUCUAGGUUAUUUGCAGUUUGGCGUGUGUAGGCACAGAGCGUUGCUGAUGAAGUAUCUAUGUGAUCGUAUGAAGCCACCAAUACCCUGCGAACUUGUCAGGGGUUACCUUGACUUUGUGCCACAUGCCUGGAAUACUAUUAUCAUCCAGAGGGGUGAUUCAUUGGUUCGUAUGUUGGUUGAUGCAUGCCGUCCACAUGAUAUAAGAGAAGAGACUGAUCCAGAAUAUUUUUGCAGGUAUAUUCCACUCAGUCGGACUAGAGUUCCUCUUUCAACAGAGAGCACACCUGGUCCUGGUUGUUCCAUGACUUCCUUCUCAACUUGUGAUGAGUUAGAAAAGACAGUUUCUAGUACUGUCAUUCAGUGCAAGCUUGGAUCAGUUGAGGCUGCAGCAAAGGUGCAUACCUUAGAGAUUUGUGGGACUUCAGUGGAUGAGAUUAGGGAUUUCGAGUACAGAUGCAUUGGGGAAGUAAGAAUUUUAGGUACUUUGCAUCAUUCCUGCAUAGUUGAAAUGUAUGGACAUCAGAUAUGUUCGAAGUGGGUUCGUUCAGAAGAUGGAAAACCAGAGCGUCAGAUAUUGCAGUCUGCAAUUCUGAUGGAGCAUAUUAAGGGGGGAUCUUUAAAGAGUUACAUAGAGAAUAUGUCAAAAGCUGGUGAGAAGCAUGUGCAAAUGGAGUUGGCCCUGUGUAUUGCUCGAGAUGUUGCAUGUGCAUUGGCAGAGCUGCACUCAAAACACAUCAUACAUCGUGACGUGAAAAGUGAAAACAUAUUGAUUGAUUUAGACAAUAAGAGAGCUGAUGGAAUGCCUGUUGUUAAGCUCUGUGAUUUUGACAGAGCUGUGCCUCUUAGGUCAUUCUUGCAUACAUGUUGUAUUGCUCAUAGAGGAAUACCUCCACCUAAUGUUUGUGUUGGAACACCACGUUGGAUGGCUCCGGAGGUUCUGCAGGCAAUGCAUAAAUCUAACCAGUAUGGUCUGGAGGUGGAUAUUUGGUCAUAUGGAUGCCUACUUUUGGAAUUAUUGACCUUGCAAGUUCCUUAUUCUGGUUUAUCUGAAUUCCACAUUAAUGAACUACUUCAGGCGGGCAAACGACCACCAUUGACGGAUGAAUUGGAAACGUUGGCAUCAAUGCAUGAGCCAGCAGCGACAGGGUCUGGCUCAGAGUUGGCAGGACCUGAGGCUGAAUCAGAAACUCUUAGAUUCCUUAUUGAUUUGUUCCGGCAAUGCACAGAGGGAAGUCCAGCUAAUCGCCCUACAGCAGCAGAAAUCUAUGAAUUGUUGCGUGUGCAUACAGGUGCUUUCACUAGUUCACAGAGCUAGGUAGGUAUAUUUUCGAUUGUGCAAUGCUUAGGCGUCACCAUACUUGUCCAUUGUAAGUUGAACUGUUUAAUUUAUUAGAGCUCUCCAAUUUUGACUUAUUAGCAGCUUUGGAUUAACUUAACCCAGCUUGGAAUAUUGAGGACUUAUUAUGCUGGCGAAAACACGAUGUACUUAUACACGUUAUGGUAGUUGUUUGAAUUAAUUUUUAUUUAUAUAUUGAUUGUAUUGUGUUUAGGGCAGGGGCUAACAGGAGUUGCCCCUUCUUCUUGAGGUAAAGUUAUUGGCAACUGAUGGAGUACUCUGUUGAGUUCAUCUCCCCGGUUUUAGUGCAAGACAGAUAAUUUAUGCUGGUAUUAUGGGAAAGUGUGUUUUUUUGUGGUUCUAGGGUUCAGGUUUAUAAGGUUAGUUGCAAAUUCUCUUGUCCAGCUCGGGUUUAUGUUGAUUAUUUCAUAGGGUGAAUUACUAUUAGUCCUUUGAUUAUAUUCAAAUACAGAGUCAGAUCCCUAUUAAUUUUGUAGUUACACGGUUUCAUAUUUGUCAUGACUUUAUUAUUUUGUUAAUUGCUAGUGAAAUAUUGUUACCUUCUUUGAUGAAUGCA